UUAUUGUUUACUUGUUGAAGUGUUAUUUUGCGCAUCUUUCCUUUUCUUUCGUGUCAACCCAAAAUGGCACCAGUUAUCGGUUAUUGGAACCUUCGAGGUGCUGUUGAGCCUAUUAUACUGACUUUGAAACAAGCUAAAGCCUCGUACAAAUUGCGUGUCUACAAACUCGGUGAUGCUCCUGACUUUGACAAAUCAGAUUGGCUCAAUGAGAAGCACAAUUUGGGUCUUCCUUACCCUAAUUUACCAUAUUACAUUGAUGAUGAUGUUAAACUGUCUCAGACAGUAGCUAUACUCAGAUACUUGGGAAGGAAACAUGGAUUCAACGGCGCUUCUGAUUCUGAAAUAACUCGGUGUGAUUUGGCUGAACAGGCUACUGCUGAACUUAAGUUAUUCUUGUUCUCUGCAUGGCGUACUCAUGAUGAUGAGGCUAAAAAACAAAUUGCUGAAGUUGUACCAGCAAAAUUGGCUCAAUACGAGAAAUUUCUUGGUUCUGGUCCUUUUGUUUUGGGUGAAAAGUUGAGUUAUCCUGAUUUCUUCAAUUAUUCAAUUUUUGAUUACAUCAGACUUUACGAUGCUUCUUUGAUUGAAAACCAUACUGCGAUCAAGAAUUUUCUGGCCAAGUUUGAAGCUCUUCCAAAUAUUGACACUUACAUCAAAAGUGAUAAAUUCAGUCGAAUGCCCGUAACUGGUCCAAUGUAUGGCUGGGGAGGAAGUGCAUAAGGUGGGAUACAGGCAAAAUCAUUGUCAUGAAAAACACCUCCGUUUUGAUGGAACAAUCUUUCUAACAAAAACAUGAAUACAAUGUAACGAAAUUUUACUCAUAAGAAUUAAAAUACAUACACAUCUAAGAAUA